GCUACGCGGGCCGAUGUUCCUUGUUCUGCUUCCUGCUGGGGUGGGGCUCUGGUCUGCGCGCCAUGGAGGGCGAGGUCCUGGCGGAGGACGAGCUGCUGCGGAAGCUCCGGGACAGCCGCUGCCGCUUCCAGAGGCGCAUGCAGCAGCUGAUUGAGAAGUACAACCAGCCCUUCGAGGACGGCCCGGUGAUUCAGAUGUCUACGCUGACCUACCAGACGCCCCAGGGAUUGCGAAUUUGGGGUGGAGGACUAGUGGAAAGAAGAAGCACAGGAUACAUGCAGGGCUCUCCGGUGAAGAUGGAUGGCAGGACAGAUGGGUCCGUGCAAGUCCCAGCCGGAGAUCUCGAGCUUCCCUCUUCUGACACACCAGCCGACGAUUCAAAAAGCAGUGAUGCUGAUACACCUUUCUUCCAGGAAGAAGUGAUUGCUGGGAACUUAAUGCCUGCAGUGCCCUGGAGCCCUUCGAAAAAUGAGCUGAGAAGGAAGUACUUGACGCAAGUGGAUAUCCUACUGCAGGAUGAAGGGUGUUUGGAGUAUGCUGGUUACGGAGAGGGAAAGGACACCCAUGUGACCCUGGCCCCAUCAUUGGCCUCGCCCGCCAGACCUGCCCAGGGAUACUGCAAGGACGUCUCUGAAGACAGCCCUGGGGGUCCACUCCAGCCGCCUCCAUCACCCAAGGAGGGUGACGCCUCUCACUCCUGCUCAGCAGGCCAGGCCAUGAUGCCGAGGGGCGACGGCAUCCCCUUACAAGGGACCGGUGGAGGCAGCUUCUCAAGCAGCCCCUGCUCCGAGGCGGAGGAUGUGUGCAACGCGACGCUCAGCGACCUGUACGCGGGCAUGCUGCACUCCAUGAGCCGGCUGCUGGGCGCCAGGCCCUCCUGCAUCAUCUCCACCAAGACGCUCAUCGGCCAGAACUGGAGCUUCAGGCGGAGGCACCCGUGUAAGGGCAGAAUGAACAGAACGAGCUGCCGAGGAGGGGGGCGCUCUCGGCGGAGCCCCCAGGAGAGACGUCCACCCUGCUCCGAGCCCCUGGAGGAUGCAGGGACCUUAAGAGAUCGUGGGAACUUGCCCGAUGUUUCUGCGCCUAAGACGGGUUUAAAAUCAGGAAGGGCUCUUCUCAAAGGAAACAAACCCCAGAUCCAUACAUUCACUCCACCUUGGAAGGAGCUUCAGGGAAUGCCCCAGAAGCAUUCAUCAUUGACUUACUUAGACUCCAAAACGGUGUCUCCUCUUGAUCAGGAAAACAGAUUCGUGACCUUAAAGUGGUUGAUUUCUCCUGUAAAAGUAGCUUCCAGGCCCAGAAUCCUGCGGGGCCAGGCGGGGAGUCGUUUUAAGGAAAUUGAGAUCAAAUUUGACAAGCUUCAUCAGGAGUAUUGCUUGAGUCCUGGGAAGCAGCUCAGCCUGACUUACCCAUCUGGCUCGGCUGUGGAUGUGUACCGAGGUGGUCCCACGAGCCCUGGUAGCCCCCAAGGCUUAGAAGCCCACAGGCUGAGCAGCCCUCUCUGCAAAUCAAAAGCUAAGAGGUUGAGUGAGGCCUCUGAAGGCCUGGGCAGAAGAUCCAUCAGAGUGGGUAGCUGCCUGCCGAAGAGUGAGUCCUUCCUCUCACUUUCAAAGACCAACCCCACCUGCAGCGCGGGCCGCCCAGAGCGGACUGUUGACCUUGUUUAUCCAGAAAGUGAUUCAGGAAAGUUUCAGGAAUCGGUAUCACUCAGCAAAGCCAUUUCAGUACCCAGGGUACAACCUCUAGUCUUUGCCAGGGAUCGCUACGAUGAUAUUAAAGAAAAAUUUGACAAGCUUCAUCGGCAGUAUUGCCAAAAGUCGCCUCAGCAGACACAGGCGCCUUCAGAUAAAGCACGUGCGGGAGUUCGAUAUCAAAAAGAAGGCUUCUCAGUGAAGUUCAACCCAGACUCUGGCUGUUGGGGUCCCCCGAGCCUGUCAUCCUCACCCCAGCAGAGCGUAAAAAGCCCCCUGGCUUCCAACACAGUUGGGGCCCCUCCAUCCAUAGACAUUGCUCUUGCUGCUGGGUCGGGCCAUCAGGUCCCCUCAAAGCGAUGCCGAUUAUCAGACCCUCAGGUGUGCGGAGAGGGGGCCAGACCCUGGAGUUUCUCACCUGUGGGCAGAGCCAUGCCAAGGCCCCGGGAGGAGGUCGACUCUUAAAGCCCAAAUGGGAAGAGAAGAAGGUGACGCUCUCCCUGUAUGGAUGUACCCUUUCCGCCCACAUCUUUACACUGCAACGUCACCUGCGGCCAUAACAAAACACCAGAGACCGGGUCCUUAAACAACAAAACUUUGCUUCUGGAGAUGAAGGCUGAGAUCCAGGAGCCAGCACAGUUGGGCUCUGGGAGGACCCACUUCCUGGCCUGCAGACGGCUUCCUUCUCAUGUCACGUGGAGAGAGAAGGAGCUACCUAGUGUCUUUUAUAAAGGGCACCAAUCUUGUCAUGGGGGCCCCACCCUCAGGACCUCAAUCAAGCCCAGUCACCUCCCAAACCAGCCUCCUACUGGCUUUUCAAGCAUCCUCUUAUGACACUGUUUUUUUAAUUUGCUGUAUUACUGAUUUGGGUAUAUUCUGUUUGCCAAUCUGGUUAUAUGAACCAACCUAGUUUUAUAUCAAUUGCAAGUAACUUCUUCCAACUGUGACUUACUUAACUUUAUGAUAUUUUAUUAUACAGAAGAUAAAUUUAUUUUAACUUUUAUGUUGAUAUGUUAUAUUUUCAUUUUUAGUCAAGAAAUUUUUUUUUUUUUUUGCACUGCAUGGCAUGAGGCUCUUAGUUCCCCAACCAGGGACAGAACAUGAGCUCCCUGCAGUGGAAGCAUGGAGUUUUAAUCACUAAAUCACCAGAGAAGUUCCAGAAGAUAUAUUAUAACUUAGAAAAGUUAAUCCUUUAUUUUUAACUGGUUUCUCUUAUUACUUUAAAAGACAUCCUACUCUACUCUCAGGAUCAAAAUGACUAUAUUGUCUUAAAUUUUUGCUUUCUGAGUUUAGGUCUAUAAACCAUCUGGAGAUGUUUUGCACAGG